AUGUCCGACUGCAGGAGAGAGUGGAACCGCGAGGAUGAGCUGCCCGUGUACCUGGCGGGUCCCAUCAGCACCGGGCCCAGGCAGAGGAAAAGCUGCGUGUUCAGCUCUGACGGCGCGUUUGGCACCAAGAACAUAGACUUUGACGACUUUGCGGUUGGGAGAAAAGGAAACCGCACUCCGAGAAGCAGCAGCCAGGAGAGGCUUCUAGACACCGGGGAAUCCAACGAAAAGACCCCCGCUAACGCCCAUGAGCCCUCACCGGGCAGGACACCUGCGGAGACCGAAGGAGAGGACCGGGUCAUCGCAGACAAAGCUUCAUCAGAAAACAACACUUUACUUGGAGAGGGUGAACAUCUGCUGAUCAAAGGUGGACGAGUGGUGAAUGAUGACCAGUCCACGUUUGCAGAUGUCUACAUCGAAAAUGGCCUCAUCAAAGAGGUAGGAGAGAAUCUGACUGUACCUGAGGAUGUGAAGGUGAUCGAGGCCAACGGCCGCAUGGUCAUACCCGGGGGAAUUGAUGUCAACACCUGCUUCAUGAAGCCCUUUCUCGACACAUAUCCUGUGGAUGACUUUCUGCAGGGCACCAAGGCGGCACUCAGUGGUGGCACCACAAUGAUUAUUGACCACGUGAGUCCUCAGCCGGACGAGAGUUUACUGGGGGCCUUCGAGCGCUGGCAGGAAGCGGCCGAUAAGAAGGCGUGCUGCGAUUACUCUCUGCACGUCGACAUCCCGCGCUGGGACGAAACAAUCAAGGAUGAACUGGAGCUUCUGGUGCAAGACAAAGGUGUCAAUUCUUUCCAGGUGUACAUGGCCUAUAAGGAUGUGUUCCAGAUGACAGACUCUGAGUUGUAUCAAGCCUUUUCGUUUCUGAAGACAUUGGGUGCUGUUGUUCUCGUGCAUGCUGAAAAUGGAGAUCUGAUUGCACAGGAACAGAGUAAAAUCCUUGGCAUGGGAAUCACUGGUCCUGAAGGGCACCCUUUGAGUCGGCCUGAAGAGGUGGAGGCUGAAGCCGUGUUUCGUGCCAUCACUCUGGGUAACCGCGUGAACUGCCCAGUCUACAUCACAAAAGUAAUGAGCAAGAGUGCAGCAGACACCAUCACACAAGCCAGGAGGAAAGGUUCUGUGGUGUUUGGGGAGCAAAUCACCGCUAGUCUUGCCACUGACGGAUCUCACUACUGGAGCAAGAACUGGGCAAAGGCUGCAGCUUUUGUAACUUCUCCCCCUCUGAGCCCAGACCCGACCACUCCUGAUCAUCUGAGCACACUGCUGGCAUGUGGGGACUUACAAGUCGUGGGCAGUGCACACUGUGCAUACAGCUUGAACCAAAAGGCUGUUGGGAAAGACAACUUCACCCUGAUCCCAGAAGGAACCAAUGGUGUGGAGGAGAGGAUGGGUUUUGUGUGGGACAAGGCAGUGGCAUCCGGAAAAAUGGAUGAAAACCAAUUUGUGGCCGUCACAUCCACUAACGCUGCCAAACUGUUCAACCUAUACCCGCGAAAAGGUCGGAUCACCGCGGGCGCUGAUGCUGAUAUUGUCAUCUGGGACCCUGACCUCGUCAAGACAAUCACUGCCAAAGACCACCAGUCGGCCUCUGAGCACAACAUCUUUGAGGGUCUGCAGUGUAGCGGGGGGGCCGCACUGGUCUUAUGUCAAGGUCGAGUGGUGUAUGAGGACGGAAAACUACAGACUCAGCAGGGCACCGGCCGGUUUAUUCCACGCAAGCCUUUCCCUGAUCUGGCCUACCAGCGCAUCAAAUUCAGGAACCAGGUGAAUAACAAACAGGGCGUUGCUCGUGGGAUGUACGAUGGUCCUGUUUAUGAAGGGCCACCCAUGUCCACAUACAUAACUCCAGCUCCUUCUGCCAAAACCUCACCAACGACCAACCAACCUGCGCCCGUACGCAACCUGCACCAGUCCAACUUCAGCCUAUCAGGGUCUCAGGCUGACGACAACGUCCCAAGAAGGUCUGGUCACCGCAUUGUUGCUCCCCCUGGUGGCCGCUCCAACAUCACCAGCCUCGGGUGA